AUGCGCUUCUUCACCCUGUUCUUCCCCGCCCUGGUUGCUGUAGCUCUCGCGGGCAGGCCGGAAUCUUCAGGGGUUCGCCCCGAAGAUGCAGACAGAUGCGACCUGAGCAUGCAGGACUGCCCGCCCAACUUCAACGGCCGGAUUCGAUUCGGUUUGCUACGUCGGAAAAUCGAACAAUUGUCGACCGGGCUACCAAAAGUGCUGCCCGAACACGAAGAAGAA